ACCAAAACCCUAAACCCUCAAAUUCACGGGACUUCCUCCCAUCUCUACUAUCUCUGUCCCUUGCACCAAAAAAAAAAAACACAGCAAUGGCAAAGACAUCAAAAAGAAGCAGAAGCAGCAGCAAUACAAAAUCCAAGAAGAAGAAGAAGAACAGCAGGACAGCGCCAAAAUCGGUUGCCAUGAAAGCGAGCGCUGCAUCUAAUGACAACAAAAACAGCAGCAACCCUUUUGAGACAAUUUGGUCCCGCCGCAAAUUUGACAUCCUCGGAAAGAAACGCAAAGGCGAAGAGCUCCGUAUUGGGCUCUCCCGGUGCCGCGCCAUUGAAAAGAGGAAGAAGACUUUGUUAAAAGAGUAUGAAGAGAGCGGCAAGUCUUCUGUCUUCUUGGACAAGAGAAUUGGAGAACAAAAUGAACAGCUUGGAGAGUUUGAUAAAGCUAUCAUCCGCUCCCAGCGCGAGCGUCAGUUGAAAAACAAGAAGAGCAAGUAUAAUUUAUCAGAUGGAGAAGAAGAUGAUGAUUUUGGAAUUCCGAAUCUUGGUCCACUGUCGGGACUAGAUGAUUUCGAGGAUGAAAUCUUUUCUGAUGAUGAUGGAGAUGAUGCUGACGCAGAUGGGACAAGUAAUAAACCAGCCAUCUUAAAGCAACUUAAUGCUCAUGGCUUGCCGCAGGAUGCAGUGGACGGGGAGGAAAAUAAACCCAAAACUAAGAAGGAAGUGAUGCAGGAGGUUAUUCUGAAGAGCAAGUUUUUCAAGGCUCAAAAAGCUAAAGAUAAGGAAGAAAAUGAGCAAUUGAUGGAAGAAUUGGAUAAAAGCUUCACAUCUUUGGUGCAGUCUCAAGCCUUGUCUUCUUUGACAGAACCAGGCAAAAUGAAUGCCUUGAAGGCCCUUGUCAAUAAGGACAUUCCUAACGAGCAUGUAAAGAAGGAUGAGUUACCAGUUAUUCAAAAACCUGAAACUUUCAAGCAGCAGGAACAACCUGAUUCUUAUGACAAACUCGUUUACGAGAUGGCGAUAGAUUCACGUGCACGGCCAUCGGACAGGACAAAGACACCGGAAGAAAUUGCCCAGAAGGAGAGAGAACGACUAGAGCAACUAGAGAAAGAUCGUAAGAAACGUAUGCUUGUUGCUGAUGACUCCAGUGACGAAGAGAAUGAUGAUGUUGAGAAGCUGUCAGCUCAGAGGCCAAGGUCAAUAUCUGGUGAUGAUCUUGGUGAUUCCUUUUCUCUUUAUGAAGAGCCUGGGACUGCAAAGGGCUGGGUUGAUGAGAUUCUUGCAAGAAAGGAGGCAAAUGACUCUGAUAAUGAAGAUGAUGAUUCUUCUGAGGAGUCUGUGAGCGCCAAUGAUGAUGGUGAUGAUGAAGGAUCUGAUGAAGAUGCUGAUGGUGAUGAUGAUGAACAUGAGAAGUCUACAUCUUUGAAGGAUUGGGAGCAGAGUGAUGAUGACAAUCUUGGCACAGAUUUGGAAGAGGAUGAAGAACAUGGUUCUCAUGAUGAUGAUGAUGGAGAAAUAGAGCCAAUAAGCCACAAAAAGUCAAAGAAAACCGAACCUGCUGAGCCUAGGAAAGGAGAUGAAAAAUCUCUGGAUGGAAAGAAAAAAAAAGCAAAUCGUGAACAACAUUCAACCCAACCAGACAUUCCGCAUAUAAUUGAAGCCCCGAAGAGCUUUGAAGAAUUUUGUGCAAUAUUGGAGAAUUGUUCCAAUGAAAAUGUUAUUCUGGUAGUUGAUCGAAUUCGGAAAAGCAAUGCAAUACAGCUUGCAGCAGAAAAUCGGAAGAAAAUUCAGGUAUUUUAUGGUGUGCUAUUACAGUAUUUUGCUGUAUUAGCAAAUAAAAAGCCCUUGAAUAUUGAGUUAUUGAAUUUGCUAGUCAAGCCACUGAUGGAGAUGAGCGUGGAGAUUCCAUACUUUUCUGCAAUAUGUGCUCGUCAGCGAAUCUUACGAACUCGUGCACAAUUUUGUGAGGCUCUGAAGAAUACAGCAGAGAAUAGUUGCUGGCCUUCUAUGAAAACGCUCUCUCUCUUGAGGUUGUGGUCCAUGAUCUUUCCUUGCUCCGACUUUCGGCAUGUUGUCAUGACCCCAGUAAUACUGUUGAUGUCUGAAUAUCUGAUGCGCUGUCCCAUCUUGUCGGGGCGUGAUAUUGCAAUUGGUUCUUUCUUAUGUACCAUGGUUCUCUCUAUCACUAAACAAUCUCAGAAGUUCUGUCCUGAAGCCAUAAUGUUUCUCCGAACUUUGCUGAUGGCAACUACAGAAAGAAAACCAUCUUCUUAUCAGGAAUCCCAGUUUUAUCAUCUUAUGGAACUAAAAGAACUCAAGCCCUUGCUGCAUAUUCAUGAUCAUGUAAAUGAGAUUCGUCCUCUGAAUUUCCUCAUGGUAAUGGACAUGAAAGAGGACGCUUCAUUUUUCAGCUCAGAUGAUUUCAGGGUUGGUGUGCUGGUUACCAUGGUAGAAACUCUUCAAGGGUUUGUUGACAUUUAUAAAGAGUUGAGUUCCUUUCCUGAAAUUUUCUUGCCUAUUUCAAUGUUAUUGCUUGAGGUAGCACAACAGGAAAACAUGCCAGCAACGUUACAAGAUAAAUUCAAAGAUGUUGCCGAACUUAUUAAUAAGAAGGCCAACAAACAUCAUAUGAUGCGGAAACCCCUACAAAUGCAGAAAAAGAAGCCAGUUCCCAUCAAAUUAGUUGCUCCAAAAUUUGAGGAGAAUUUUGUGAAGGGUAGAGAUUAUGACCCAGACCGUGAACGGGCUGAAAGGAGAAAGUUAAAGAAACUCGUAAAACGAGAAGCUAAAGGGGCAGCUCGUGAACUGCGCAAGGACAAUUAUUUCUUAUUUGAGGUGAAGGAAAAGGAUAAGGCACUGCUGGAGGAUGAAAGAGCAGAGAAUUAUGGAAAGGCGAGGGCUUUCCUCCAAGAACAAGAACACGCGUUCAAAUCUGGGCAAUUAGGAAAGGGAAAAGGGAGGAAGAGAAGAAGAUGAAGCUGAUUCUGCUGUUUGUUUUACUUAUGUGUUUCCCUUUAUUAUUUUUUGUUAGGGUAACAUUCUCUGAUAUGUAGAAAUUACUGCCACUCCAGAAAUGAAAUUUCAUUAAUAUUCGGGGAUAACAAUUCAGCUAAACAAGUCACGUUUAAUCCA